AUGACAAUGGACACCAGCGGAGUUAACCAGAUUCUCCAAGCUUUGGAGGUGGUUCACGAGCCGAGGUCGUCCAAUCAGGCCCGAAGAGAGGCGCAGAGCUUUCUAGAACUGAUCAAAAUGUCGGAAGAAUCUCCAUAUUGGGGGUUCCAAUUGGCGUUGCCUGAAGCGUAUGGAAAAAACUACAUUGUUCGGCACUUUGGCUUGUCGUUGCUCCAGCAUGCCAUUACCAAGAAGUUUCAGACGUUUGACUGUGCUAAAACCUUAGCUGUACGAGACUGGAUCAUUAGCCUAUCUGAAAAGAUCGUGAAUGAUGACCCGCAUUAUCUCAAGGAGAAGCUUGCGUUUUUGUGGGCAUCAAUGGCGAAGAGAAUAUGGGGCAAUUUCCUUGUGAAGGCUGCAGAUGCACCUGACGUCGAAAAAACUGUGUCGAAAGAAGAGGCCAACGAGGGCUGGUCUUCCAUGGACAGUGACUUGUGGAACUUGUGGAGUGCAUCUACCCAGACUAGAGAGUUGUCGUUGGUUAUCUUAAGAACUCUUUUUGAGGACAUUUAUUUGCUCGACGAUCCAUUGGCAUCUAAAAGGACAACUAUUCUAAAUCAGCUUUCAGUGUUGAUCACGACCCCAAAAAGUGUGCUAGAACAAAUUUACGAGCCAAACCCAAACUUGGCCAUUUGCAAGCACUUGAAUGAGGGCUGGUUUGUGGUGUGGAGCAAGUAUUUGCUUGAGUUGUUGUCCAAUAAUGAGUUUUCUUCGCCUGUGGUGGCUCAAUUCGUUCCCAAGAUCCUUGGAACCUUCAAAACGUGUCUCCACUGGAUACAGCCGUCUGUUUUGCGUGAAGAAAACAUCAUGAAUACGCUAGUCAACAUUUUGACCAUCCCUGAUAUGAAACUCAAAACUUUGGCCGUGGACUGCCUACACAUUCUCUUCACGAGAUCAUACAGCGAUGCUGAAGACUUUGAUUUCUUCAUCGGAAGCAUUUACACAACUGAGGGCUUGACCAAACUUUCCCAAUUUUUCCAGUCGCUCGAGAUCGACCCAGAUGACGUUGAUGAACAGGCUUAUGCUCUUCUCAAAAAGACGGUGGAGAUGAUUGUCUCUUUGAGCGAAUAUUUGAACAUUCUGUUGCCUGUCAAAAGUCGAAUAGAUUGGAGUAAAGCGGAUGUCGAUCUUUACUUAAAUCUUGUUUUAACCACUACCAACCACCCCAGUUUAAUUAUUUCAGGAUUAUCUUUACAGAUGUGGGUGACUACGUUGAGAUUCGAUGAACUCAGCUCCAAAGAACCCAUCCUUAACAUCCUCAUGGACUUGCUAGAAGUUUCUGCCAACAGAAUCAUCAACUACAGCACAAUUGGCGAAGAUAACGCAUCCAAGAAGUUCUUGGAGUUGGACUUCGAUUCAGCACUGGACUCCGCGUCAUUUUUGUCAAACUAUCGCAAAUUCAAUGAAGACAUUGUCAGAAUUACAAUCUGCAAGAAACCUGAAGAAGGUCUCAAGUGGUUGGAAAGCAGACUUGAAAACUUUUUCAGUUCUCCCUUAGGUUUGGAAUGCAUCACUCAAUCGAAGCUCGAUGAGAAGUCUGACGUCUACAAUUACGGUACCUCUCAGUUUAAUAUCAUAGAAAACAGCAUCAGAGGAGUAUCGAGAUGGCGCAUCUGGUACAGUGGGGAAGACUUCGAUACGAAAAACAACAGACUUAAUGGCCUUGUGGAAGCUUUGGGUGAAAGACUAUUGGCCAUGCAGUUAGCUUCACCUUUGCUUAUCCGUAAACAAGUGCAGACGAUGGUCCAAUUCGCUCCUUUGCUCAAAGAUGUUAGCCCUUUAAUGUUCAAAGUUUUGGAAAGAAUCUUGACAACUGCGACAUUCGAGUUUCCUCCAGACAUUUCUGAUGAGGAGAAGGAGCUUAUUCGUGAUUUAAGGACUAGUUGUGGAACAGAACUUAACAGAUUGGCUUAUAUCAUGCCAGAAUCGCUCAAGAGAAUAUUUGGAGAGCUUGAAAAUGUGAUCUCAAAUAUUUUGUCUUCAAACAAAGUCAGCAAUCAUGAAAAUGUCGCCUUCAAAUCUUUUCUCUUGGUUAUUGCAUCACGAUCUUCAAUUGAUGAUAAAGAGGAGCUAUUUGCAAAAAUUGUCGAUCCUGAAUUGAUUGCUUGGUCAGCCCCCGAGACCGAAAAGGGUUUGAUGGAUUUGCAUUGGUUUAUGGAACGCAUGGGUAUUGUCGAAAUCGCCCAAUAUUUCCAGAAGAGAAACAUCACAGCCUCUACAAAUCUAUUAGAUGCCGAAAUGGAUGAAGAGGGUCGUUUAUUGAAGAAUUCAUUGAAGGAUCGCUGGUCAUCUAUCUUUCCAAUUCGUGCCACCAGAAUUUUCAUUCAGUACAGUAUUGAAAAGCUUAGCCAUGAUUCGCCAGAGUACUUGAAUCUAUUGAGAUUGUGGAAGCCCAGAGUCAGACCAAUCAUUCCUCACGUUCUCCAACUUCUUGCUCAAAUCCAGGCAUAUCAUAAUCCUGAAAACUGGCGGGACCUCCCAGACGAAGUCCAAACAUUUUUGAGAUACAGCCGAAUGGAAAGAUUCUGGCAACAAGGAGUUUCUAUUCAAAGUAAGGAGACUUUCAUCGAAGAAAGCGUCAAAGCGGCCCUCACGUUGAGAGACUUUGCUGACAGUGUUGGACAUUUAGUCAGAUAUACCAGGGAAUAUGCAUUUUUGACCAUUGGCUCUCUCUCACAAUUGGAGGAUACCUUCUAUGAAAUCCCCAAUAUUGCUACUCAAUUGUGGAACGCUUUGGCCGGCGAUACCGUGGGAGUAACAUUACACAGCUGGAAGCAUAUGAUCAAUAGCUGCUUGCGCAGUGUGGUAAAGAACUGUCCAAUUAAAUAUGUCGAUAUAUUCAUGGCAGAGCUCUUGCCCAAAGCUUUGUACGAUAUCGAUAAGCUCAUUGUUGAGAGAUGGGACAAAGUGUACCUUAAGGGCUUGCAAUUACAAGGAAAUGAAGAUGAUGAUACCCUUAGCGAAGAGAUGAUGGAGGAGCAUAUGUUGCGUCAACUCACGGCCACUGUGGUCAGACUUUUGAUGGAUAUAGUUCCUCAGUUUAACGCUAAGAAUGUCACAGAUACUCAAUUCGCUUGCAAGCGCUUGGUGACAACCAAUAAGGAAGUCAUGGGAGCAUUUUUGCAAAUUUGCGCUCACAUCAUCAAAUUGAAGGACACGAAAUGCUCGUUCAACACUAUUUUGGUCGCCAGAAACAUUCUUCCAGGGAUCGUGCUCAAAGAUGACGAUGUUGACAAGUACUUGUGCGAGACGUUCAUGAAAUCCUUAUUGCUGGUGAUGGUGGAUGAUUACUUUUCAGAGACGCACUCUGAGGCCGCCACAGCUCUUACCACUUUGUAUUGUGCAUUGAGAUCCAAAAAUGACUAUCCAGCCCGGAUUCUUAUUUCCACGUUACCGAACAUCACUUCGCAACAUGUUAGUAAUUUCGAAACACUUCUUGUUGGAUCUAGGUCUUUGAGACACCAGCGGUCUGCACUCUUGGAGCUCAUUCGAAUCGCGAAAUCGAAUCAGAACGAGUCUUCUGAAGAUGCCGAGCUUAAAUACAGAAAGAAGCAACUUGAAUCUGCGACGGCUAACAGAAAGAAGAAGGCUCUUGCCAAUGACAUUAUGAAUGAUCCGUUCACUGAGAACGGAGCUUUAUCCAACUUGUUUGGGGAUGAUUAG